CAGACUCUGCCGCCCUGGGCUGUUGAGCGCAAACGUUUGCACAAACCGCAGUCAUGGUAAAAGACGCUCGGGACAGCUGGGCGAGUCCGACGCAGUUUAUUCUGGCUUGUGUUUCAUAUGCAGUCGGACUGGGGAACGUAUGGAGGUUUCCUUAUCUCUGUCAAAUGCACGGUGGAGGAGGUUUUCUGAUCCCCUAUCUACUCAUGCUGGUUCUGGAAGGUGUGCCUUUGUUCUAUUUGGAGCUGGCUAUUGGUCAGAAAAUGCGUCUGGGCAGCAUCGGUGCAUGGACUGCUAUAAGCCCAUAUUUAGGAGGACUUGGACUUGCCAGUGUUGUAACAUCAAUGUACUUAUGUCUCUAUUACAACAUUAUCAAUGCAUGGAGUUUCUGGUACCUCUUUCACUCAUUUCAAUCUGUCUUGCCCUGGGCAGCUUGCCCUGUAAAUUCCAACCGGACCGGACCUAUAGAGGAGUGUGAAAAAGCAACACCCACCCAGUAUUUCUUCUACAGAGAAACCCUUAACGUCUCUCCUUCUAUUGAAAAGAAUGGCGGCAUUCACACAGGCCAGGCACUGUGUUUCCUGCUUGCAUGGGUGAUAACUUAUUUCUUCAUUAUCAGAGGUGUAAAGUCAACUGGAAAGGUGGUAUACUUCACUGCAACAUUUCCAUAUGUUGUCCUGCUCAUCUACUUGAUUCGAGGCAUGACUCUUCAUGGCGCUCUAAAUGGUGUCAAAUACAUGUUCACACCCAAGAUGGAAGAACUUGCCAAUCCUACUACUUGGAUCAAUGCAGCCACUCAGAUCUUUUUCUCUCUGGGUUUGGGUUUUGGGUCCCUCAUAGCUUUCGCCAGCUACAACCAGUACCACAACAACUUUGAGCGGCAGGCCAUCAUUGUCUCCCUCAUUAACAGUGGAACAUCCAUCUUUGCCUCCAUCGUCACCUUUGCCAUCUAUGGGUUCAAGGCAACUAUCAACUAUGAGAGUUGCUUGGAGAGGACACGCAUACUGCUGCUCAACUCUUUCAAUCUCGCCGAAGACAGCAUCGUCAUGAACAACGUGUUUGAAAUGAUUGAGAAGCUGAACGCAACAUUCCCAGAGCAGUUUGCUGAACUUAGCAACAAGCUGGAAGACUGCAACCUGGAGAAUGAGCUCAGCACUGCUGUGGAGGGGGCAGGGCUGGCCUUCAUAGUGUACAGUGAGGCCAUAAAGAACAUGCCGUUGUCUCAGCUGUGGUCAGUGCUGUACUUCUUCAUGCUUCUGAUGCUGGGAAUGGGCAGCAUGCUGGGAAACAUCACCGCUAUCACCACCCCACUACGGGACUUCAAAUUUCUGUCCCGCAUAAGCAAUGAAGCUUUAAAUGGUUUUGUGUGUGUCCUCUGCUUUCUGCUUGGCCUUGGCUUCACAACAAGAUCAGGAAACUACUGGUUUACCAUGUUCAACGACUAUGGAGCCACUUUCUCCCUGUUACUCAUUGUCCUUAUUGAAGUCAUAACUGUCAGCUACAUUUAUGGAAUCAAAAGGUUUGAAAAAGAUAUAGAAGACAUGCUGGGCCAUCGUCCUAACUGGUUCUGGAAAAUCAUGUGGGGAGGAAUUAGCCCCCUACUUCUUAUGGGCCUCUUCUUGUUCUACAUCAUUAACUACAUCCGAGGAGGAACACCCACCUACCAAGCAUGGAACAAAGAUCUGGGGAAAACCGAGCAGAUGGAGUAUCCUCUCUUCGGUCAGGCUUUCAUCGGUCUGCUCUUGGUAUCGUCAGUGAGCUGUAUUCCCCUCACAGCUUUGUAUGUCUUCUGUCAGAGGAGGAAACAUGCGCAGCAGCAUAAGCAACAGCAUACUGUAAAUACAGUAGCUGCUUAGUGAUUGGACGGUGACAGGGACAAACUUCUGACUGUAACCUUCCUACCACUUUCCUCAGCAGGGCUUUGCUCACCAGACUAUGGCUUCCAUCAUGGAUUACAGAAUGCAACAGUGGCAAAAGAAUAACCAAGUAUUUGUGUUUGUUGAUGUUUGCUUGUUAUUUCAAAAAAAAAAAAAAGAAAGAAAGAAAACUGUAACUGAUAAAUUUAUGUGAGCCAGAACUUUUUAAGGUUUUUAUCAUGGAAAAGAUCUUGAUGUUUUCUGACUAAUGUGUAUAUAGAGAAAUCCAAUCGCACAUAAAAUUUGUAUACAUUUUUUUAAUUAAUAUAUUUUUCACUAAAUCAACUGUUGCUUUGAGCCAAUCAACACUUGUACACUACACUGAACUACAGUAGAGUCAUUUGUUUUCAUCCACAGUAAGAAUCCACCUAUUAACUUCAACUACCGUAUUUUCCGGACUAUAAGUCGCACUGGAGUAUAAGUCGCACCCCCGGCCAAACUAUGAAAAAAACUGCGACUUAUAGUCCAGAAAAUACGGUACUUUCUACAUCUUUGACUGUGGAUUUGAUGUACUGGAGGUUUUGCCAUGUGUGAAUAAAGCCCAGUUUAUGUGAUUAUCAGGGGCCUCAUGCAUAGAAGAGUGCGUAGUUUUCACAUUAAAACUUGGCGU